AUGAAUAUGCUCGGGAGCAUGUUCUCGAUGGUCAAACCGAGGCUCGACGACCUCGGCACCGACCGUCUCAACUACUACUACUCGACGCUCAUCAUCAUGGGAAUGUCGCUGACGAUCACGGCGCGGCAGUAUGUCGGAUCGCCGCUUCAGUGCUGGGUUCCCGCUCAGGUCAGUCCCCCUGUCCCCCUUUCUCUCUCUCUCUCUCUCUCUCUCUCUUUCGAUCCAAUUGAUAUUGUAGUUCACAAAAGCGUGGGAACAGUAUGCAGAAGAUUACUGUUUCGUAUAUAAUACGUAUUGGGUCAAACCCAACGACAAAGUGCCCACUUUGAUCGAGGACCGUGUGUCCCAACAGCUAAUUUACUAUCAAUGGGCCCCGUUCAUCAUGGCCAUCGAGGCCGCUUUCUUCUAUUUGCCCGUCAUUUUCUGGAGUAUGUUGUCCACGAAGUCCGGCAUAAACAUCAUUAAGUUGGUGGAAACUGCUCAGAAAGCCGAAGGAGCAGAGGUACGGUUUGGCCAAUUUGUGCAAAGUACAGUUCGGUUUUCAGUCAGAAGACAGGAAAAAACAGAUUGACGUCAUCUGCAGACACAUUUCCAAUAAUCUCCGGAAGCGGAGGAAUGAAGAAGAGACGACUAAACUGGCGAAAAUUCAGAGAAUAUUCGGAAUGCAGCACGGAAAGUACAUCACAAAGUGAGUUCGAUUCGCCCAUCUCGAAAGGGACAUCCCGUUUUCAGCGUUUACCUGGUCACCAAACUCAUCUACAUGACCAAUUCGUUCCUGCAGUUCUACUCGACGAACAAGUUCCUGGGCCAGAACGAUCCGUACUGGGGCAUGCGAAUCCUCGACGACAUCGUCCACGGCACCGAUUGGGAACACUCUGGCAACUUUCCGCGAAUUGCCAUGUGCGACUUCCAGGUAACCCAAAACGCGGCGGAGUACGUCACGGGCCGUCUGUUUGCUCACGGACAUUCUUUGACUUUUUGAUUAGGAGACAAGAGUACAGAACUGCCGGUGAUCUGUGUUUUUUCUAGGUCAGAGUGCUCGGAAACUUGCAAAGAUACUCGAUUCAAUGCGUGCUCACCCUGAAUAUGUUCAAUGAGAAAAUCUUUCUUUUCUUGUAUUUAUGGUGAAUUGGGAAAAACUGCAUAGCGAAGAACGACUGUUUUUGCCAGGUUUCUCCUCGUUUUCUUCGUCACUCUGUGCGAUUCGAUCUUCCUGCUCUACAAUAUGUUCAGCAAAGAGAAAAUCAUCGAGUUCCUCCAGCAGUGAGUGCUUUCUCUUCGAUUAUUCACAUGCAAUCCCUUUUGCAGAUUCCUUGAUAACCAAGACGAAGUGGAUCGCAAGCUGACGAAAACGUUUCGAAGAGAACAGCAGGAGAUCUUGCUUUCCGAGUUCUGUCUUCACAAGUUCACUCCGGAUAUCAUCAUUGUCAGUUUGACAUCAAUAAAGUGUUUCACGUCUGUCUUCAGAUCCUCAAAAUGAUCAACAAUCACACAGGAGACAUCGUUUGCACGGAAAUUGUCGGACGAAUGUGGAACGAGUUUCUGUACGUCUUCCGAAGAGAAUUUACGUCAAAACUAGAACUUUGCAGAGAGCGGGACGCAGAUAUGGUGCUCGAGAGGCUCGUGGGAAACAACCACGCCGUCGAGAGCAAGUCGCCGAGUCUCAAGUCUAUGCAAUAUGAAGAGCACCGGAGACUAGUCAUAUAA